AUGGAUCUCCCAGCCCGAUCCGGGUCGAAUGUAUCGGGCGAGGAGUCGAGCGGCUCGUCAGGUAUGCAUUCCGUUGCCAUGUGGCCGACUGCGCAAGACAAGCGCCUCCAAUGCCAUGUCGGCAACAUCGCGACCCCCGCCCGCCAUAAACAACCCGGCGCUGCGAGGGCGAGUGAAACAUCCACUGGGGGCCGAGGGGAGCGACCACAGGACUUCUCCAAGCCAAGGAUCACUAGCGGGACUAGCGUGUCUUCUGCUGAGAAUCGCUCCUUCCUACCAACCCUCUCGAAUGAGGCCACCACGCGCUCCGCUACCUCCAAUCCCCGCUUCAGCUUCUCUACCCAACAGGGACACUCCAACAGUCCUUCCGAACCCGUCAUCGAACCCACCGAAACAUACGACUUUCUCCCUGCUGUCAACUUUGAUGACUUUGCAAACAGUCUCUCCUAUGAGCCCGACCUGAGUGACUUUCCCGCACCGGGCACCUUCAAGACCUCCGUGCCCGUCAGCAACAGCACGCCAAACAUGCAGACGAGCGCAGGAGCCACAGCGGGAGACGCAAGACCGACACGCAGCAACUCGUUCGUGCGCCGCUUUAGCCAGUCGACCGCCCGACAGGCAAGCGUGGCCUCGACCGCUUCUGAUGCGUCGACCAUGCCACCGCCUGCCUCGAACAUGGCAAUCCGCACGCGUCGUCAGAGUCAGUUCCCCGCACCAGCACCGCAGAACCCGGCAGCCCGUCCGCCACGAAAGAGUGUGGGCCCGGGAAUGCUGCCAACAAACAGCUCCGAUGGAAUGUCAAGAUUGCAUAAUGAUAGCUCACAAUUGCCAAUCGGCCGCGCACCUUCUCUAAAUAGGGGCGCUCGACGGGAAACGCUCUCUUCGAAUUUCAACCCCCCAAAUCUUACAACAGGAGUGCCUAAACUCCCAAAUGCAACACGCAACGCCAAAGCGAAAUCGUUCCAGCCACCGUCAAGACAGCAAUCCGGGAAUCUGACAUCAGCCUCCUCAGUACCAGAUCCCGACUCUACUCCCAUUGGCCAAACCCGCUCACCUGGAAAGUUUUUCGCACAGCGAGCUCACACGCCCUCUUCGUCUUCCAGUAAGCGGCAGUCGACUGUACACCACAUUUCGGGGCUUGGUGCAAGGACAAUCAGCCCAACGGAUGCUCGAAGACUGAAACGCCUAUCCAUGAACCCUAAUGCCCCUGGUGGUCCAGUAGCUCCUCCAACCCCGCAAGGUGACAUGUCAUUCGACGAACGCGCCUUUAGUAACUCGCCAGCUAUACUCUUCGAUAAGAGCGUGACCCCAUCGUCCGCGCGCGCAACGCCCGAGCAGAAUCGCAAGUCGUACGCUUCUGGCAUAUCUCUUUCCUCAAAUUCGAGCCUAAAUUCUUUGACCAAAGGAGGUUCUGCCAUACCUACACGCGCCAACCCCGUAUUGUCAGGCUCACGGUUACCUACACCAAAGCCUAGAAACGUGCAUAGCUCAGCUGGGGGAGAAGAGCCAGAGGAGGUACCUCCAGUGCCAGCCAUUCCAAAGGCAUACGAAUCUCCAAAGGACCCAGAACGCAGCAGUUUCAGCUUUUCUACAUCGUCAUUCAAGUCGCAUAUGCCAGCGCCACCUCCUUCAGCGCCACCAGCCGGCAACAGCGGAACUAACGCAGCUCCACAGGCUGAGACACCACACAACCAAUCUAUUAGGAGUGAGAUGUCCAAAGGGAGCACGGGUUCCAUCAGACAUCGACGUGGCCUGACAGUUGGCUCCGGAUCUGAACCUGAUCGGACACCUGUUGCGCAGCCGUCCACAAAGAAGAACUUGCAGCCAAUCAGGCUUCCACCAUUGAAUUUGCUACCUCUGAGCACACCCUUCAACAACCGCAUUUCGUCAUUCCCUGCGCCUUCCGGUGAAGUUGAGAAUCGCAAUGUCACGCCUCCGCCGAAGCGCGCUGUCAACAAGACACCUAGCACCCCCAUGACGGCGUCCAAGGCUAGCUUCUUUAACAAGAGUGGCCCUCACAAAAAUCAUGACUUUGAACAACAGAUUCGUAGCAGCAGCUCCGCGUACAAUUUGCGCGCAGCAGAGCCGUUUGGCGGACCACCUGCUAUCGGAACAAUGCCCAUCCCAACGUUGAACCCAACGCGACAAACAACCACGCCCUUUGCUUCAAACUCGCUGCCAAAGGGUAGUGGAGAGUUCGCCCGCUUACAGUCGCGACCAAGUGGAGAACAUUACACAGGUGCGAAAGAUGUCGAAAUGCAGCAUAUCAAGCCUGCCGGUGCACGCCCGUUGCAAAAGAAGGAUACGUCGGACUCUGCACAUACUUCUACUUCGACAGAACCCGAGACGCCUUCCUCUGCUUCAUCACUGAGGCGAAAGCUCAGCUUGAGCGGCUGGCGACGAGCUCCGUCUAAGGCAGCUACACAUACUGCUCAAAACACGCCGGUCCGCAGAAGCUCCCAGAAACCAGACGAUGCAGCACCGCAGUCAGCAAAGCAUGGCGACAUGCCUCCACCACGCUUACCAGCCUCGGCUACGUGGACUGGUGGACUAGGUAGUCUUGGCACGAGCCCUACACCUGCUACGAACCGGACCCGGCCAUCGCUUGAUUUUGGCCGCCGCAAAACAUCCACUGCAACAGUUGCGAGUGAUACCGAGCUCGAGAAGCCCGGCGUUCGCAAGCCCUCGGUUACUGCUGGAAUGCGCACUCUGUCAGGAUACAACGAUUCUGCAGGAGCUCAGGGAGUACCCAAGUCCGCAUCCUCAAUCUUGACCCCUAUGCAACGAAUGCUUGGGUCGAAGAGUUCAUCUAACAUGCUCAAGUCCCGCAACUUGGACCCAAAUCUCGACAAAGAUGACUUGAUGGCAGAUGAGGAGAUGAAGAAGCUUGCCUCAAAGCGCAAAGACUUUGAGAAUGCAGCACGCGAUGUAGAUGAGCUCCGAAAACGUGCCAAGCCCCAAGAGCGCGUGUCGCCAGCGCAAGCCCUCCAGAUGGUCAACCUGAACAUCUUCGAGAGAGGGGAGAUUAUUGACUACAAAGAGAUUUUCUUUUGUGGGACGAAGAGCGCGAAGAAGCAUGUGGGCGAUCUCAAUGCACAGACAGCAAACUUUGGCUACGAUGAUGAUCGGGGCGACUACAACAUCGUCUUCGGCGACCACCUCGCUUACCGAUAUGAAGUCGUCGAUCUGCUUGGAAAGGGAAGUUUUGGUCAAGUUGUUCGAUGUGUUGAUCACAAAACUGGUGGUCUUGUUGCUAUCAAGAUCAUCCGUAACAAGAAGAGGUUCCAUCAGCAAGCUUUGGUCGAAGUCAACAUCCUUCAGAAGCUGCGCGAAUGGGACCCCGAUAACAAGCACAGCAUGAUCAACUUUACACAGAGCUUCUACUUCCGCGGUCAUCUCUGCAUCUCCACGGAACUUCUAGGUAUGAACCUUUACGAGUUCAUCAAGGCGCAUGAGUUCAAGGGCUUUUCGCUCCGCCUCAUCCGUCGAUUCUGCAAGCAGAUGCUUGCUUCGCUGGUCCUGCUAAAAACGCAGCGUGUUAUCCACUGCGAUUUGAAGCCCGAAAAUAUCCUACUCGCCCACCCGCUGCACUCUGAGAUUAAGGUCAUCGAUUUCGGAUCCAGCUGUUUCGAGAACGAGAAAGUGUAUACUUAUAUCCAGUCUCGCUUUUACCGAUCACCCGAGGUCAUUUUGGGUAUGAGUUACGGGCUAGCAAUCGAUAUGUGGAGCUUGGGUUGUAUCCUCGCGGAGUUGCUUACCGGAUAUCCGAUCUUCCCAGGAGAGAACGAACAGGAGCAGCUUGCUUGCAUUAUGGAGAUCUUCGGUCCUCCUGAGAAGCACCUCAUUGAGAAGAGCAGCAGGAAGAAGCUGUUCUUCGACUCGCUUGGGAAGCCAAGAGUGACUGUGUCGACAAAAGGACGCCGACGAAGACCCAGCUCCAAGACACUGCAGCAAGCGCUGAAGUGCGACGACGAUAAUUUCCUUGACUUCAUCGCACGCUGCCUGCGAUGGGAUCCAGAACGCCGCAUGAAGCCUGAUGAGGCUAUGCUACACCCCUUUAUUACCGGUAUCCGUCAGUCCGCUCGUCAACGACAGCCGUUGAAUGGCAUGUCAGGUGUUUCGUCUCCAGCGAAGCGCGUUGCGACCUCUCAGACCCCACAGUCCCGCGUGCGGCCACUACCAGAGCCACCCGCGACAAGCUUCAAGAACGGUGCCGCUGUCAAUACCAACCGCGAGGUGUCGUCGAGCAACUCGCCUGUAAAAGGCGCUGCUCCGCAGCGACGGCACUCGACUGUGCAAGGUGCUCCCGGGCCAGCGGGGGUGAAGCGUACAGUCAACGGAGCCCCGCUCAAUAGCGGCCUACCAAGAGUUGCCCAGCGUAGUGUGUCUGGGAAACCCGAUCUGGCGUCCGCAGCUGCCAUUGCCAGUCUAUCAUCGUCGACGAGGCGAUAG